CAGGCCCCAAAAAUAGCCCUAACCUGAUUUACAGAGGUCGGCAUUGCGAGUCACGCACAUUGUGUGCUUAAGACAUGCAGCACAAUGCUGCACCAGUGACAGAUGGCUGUUGACACACUCGAGUGACAAGACAAAGGUCUGAUUUCCUUGCUUGUUUUUGGAUGAAAUUAUUUUGCGACGCAGCUGUUCACAGCCUCUGGGAUAUGUCUCCACGUUCGUACUGUUGUCAACCAAGCGGAACAGGAACCUAUCAGCGAUGACUAAAGUGAGCUAAAAAUAGCUUUGACUAAGGGGAAACUCAAACCGCCACAGACACGGGAAGCCACACCUUGGAUCUCUUGGAAGUAUUAUCUGUGAUCUCUUUGGUGGGAAGAUCGGGAAGGACGUGGUAAUCUGCACAAGGACCACGCUUGCUUGUAAGGCUGGGAGGAAGGAUACCGAACAGGACGGACUAGGGUCAACGACUCUGUGUAUAAUUAACUGCCCAGCACUCGAGUUAUUAGUCUCAUUGUUGCUGGUGGCCUCCUUUCCAAGUCUGUUGGCGACUGUGUUGCCAACUUCAAGCAGCUGGACACAGCUACUUCCGUGCUCACCAUGUCUACUAGUGGUUCGCCACUCAGUCUCAUCUGAGAAAUCAGAAGUUUGUUGUGUAUUGUCGGUGUAGUGGUUCAGACUGAUCGGGUCUUUGUCAUGACGGGGCUGAGGGCCUUUGCUAAACAUGUUUAAGGCUAUGAGUGUGACACGGACACGAUCCUGACGCACCACAGGCUUUGAAAAGAUGCCGCAGCAAGAACUGUCAGCAAGAAACAAAGUGCGGCUGUUCAUCACAACUCCCCGGACAAUGUGUACCAUCUGUCUUCUGGUCGUAGUGUCGUUCAUAAUGGUCUCAUCGCUGGAAGAUUCACACCGCGCAGAAAUGAUGGAUUUUGAAACAGGUGUAAUGCAGAAAGUCGUGGAGGGUGACCGACCCCGACAGCGGCGCCAGACAUCUGACAAUGGGGUUCGAGGCUUCAGCGAGACACAGAAGCAGGCUUUGCUGGACAUACAUAACUACGACAGGCGACUGCGGAAAGCGUCGGAUAUGAGGCUGAUGGAAUGGAACUCAAAGCUGGAGCAGCUGGCACAGGACUGGGCGGAUGGAUGCAACUUCGAGCAUCGCCGCGAUACCCCGGGUGUGCCGACAGGCUUCAGCUACAAUGGCGAAAACCUUUAUGCUGCCACGCAUACCUACGAUCCUGUUUUUAUUCUUCGCGGCUGGCAUGAUGAGGAGGAGAUAGCGUACGAUUACGAGACAGGUGACUGCAAAAGUGUCUGCGGCCAUUACACUCAGGUUGUGUGGGCAUCAUCGUAUGCAGUGGGCUGUGGUGUCACUUACUGUUCCACACUUCGAAAUGUGAAUUUUAAUCAGGGCUACUAUGUCGUCUGCAACUAUGGACCAGGUGGCAAUUAUGCUGGACAGAAGCCUUAUAAGCUGGGGUCUGGACCUUGCACGGAGUGUCCCGACGAUGCGCCUUACUGUGUCGAUGGUUUGUGUGCGCGACAACCCAUGAUUUCUGCGGCAGAUGGCAAUGUCAACUCUUGGAUAACUCUGUGUGAAGCACUAAGCUUGGGCUUCGUAGCUGUUAAAAUGAUGUUCUGAAAACCUCCGGAAAUAUCACUGGAAUCUUCCAGCACUGCUCAGACGCGGCAUUAAUGGCUUUAAGAACUUAUUUUCUUAUAGACUUCCUUACUGGUCUAUGCUACUGUAAAUUUGUAAAUACCUAAAUUUUUUUAUUAAACUCAUAUUUUUCUAAAA